AUGAAACGGCGGAAACAUAAAAGAGAGCGUGAACGUGCACUGUUUCCUGUGAAGAGUUGCAAUCCAAGACAUGGGGGGAGGAGUAAUAGGGGAACACGCGGAGGCACACAGCGGAGAAGGAGACAGGAGGAGGGGCAAGCAGGAGACACAGGGAGAGAAGAAGAAAGGAGAAAGGAGAGAGGAGAAAGGAGAAAGGAGAAAGGAGAAAGGAGAAAGGAGAAAGGAGAAAGGAGAAAGGAGAAAGGAGAAAGGAGAAAGGAGAAAGGAGAAAGGAGAAAGGAGAAAGGAGAAAGGAGAAAGGAGAAAGGAGAAAGGAGAAAGGAGAAAGGAGAAAGGAGAAAGGAGAAAGGAGAAAGGAGAAAGGAGAAAGGAGAAAGGAGAAAGGAGAAAGGAGAAAGGAGAAAGGAGGAGAAAGGAGAAAGGAGAAAGGAGAAAGGAGAAAGGAGAAAGGAGAAAGGAGAAAGGAGAAAGGAGAAAGGAGAAAGGAGAAAGGAGAAAGGAGAAAGGAGAAAGGAGAAAGGAGAAAGGAGAAAGGAGAAAGGAGAAAGGAGAAAGGAGAAAGGAGAAAUAGAAAGGAAAAGAAAGGAGAAAGGAGAAAUUAUAAAUUAG